GCCAGAAUCGGCCCUCCAUGGCAGACUACCAGGCCGUUCACGUAUUCCACCGCACGCUUCCCUCGUUUUCACCCUCAGUCCCCGUGGGGCUCCUGCCUUACCUCGCCUUCCUCCUCCUCGCCGCAACAUUCGUCCUCGCGUUCUACUUUUCCACACUCCCGACAGACAAGGUCCCUAUCCGUGAAGUCGCCGUCGCCUCCCUCGCCAGCAUCCUCGCCGGUUUCGGCGUCGUCGCCAUGUUCUGCACCGUCGGUGUGUACGUAUAGCCGCAACCCGGAGGUAUCCAACCAUGCUCCACCUCGCACACGGAGGCGCCCCCUUGGAAUACACUUAGUUGUUGACGCGCCAGCCAAAUUUGCACUUGACACACUGCCAAUAGCAUGCCUGUUAGCCAGUCGCCAAAAGCUUGGGUCCCGCGCGCACGCACGGUAUAGAAUAUCGUAGAUCCCUCGUCCGCGCUUCUCAGCUGUACACCCCCAGAUCAAUGCAUGCCAAUGGUCUGAUGC